AUGGACAACAAUAGCGUCCUCAAUUUCCUCUACGACAAAGUGCUCGAGGGGUUCACGCAAGCGCGUGACAUUUCGCCGGACGAGCUGGCAUGGCCGCUGAAGCUGCUCCUUAUUUUGCUGGGCUAUUCGACGGUGGCGUUGCCAUGUUUCGUGUUCAUCUACUACGUCAGGCAGCGAUAUACAGGCCGCGAAGGCAAGGAGCCCAACUCCUUACUGGGGCAAUUGGCAAAAGCGUUCGCCAUCGGCCACCCAGAAUAUCUACUGGCCCAGCCGCUCGUCAAUGAGACGAGCCCGAAAAAGAAGGAGGAAAGUUCCAAUGCGCGGCGGCAUCUAUGGAACGACUUACUGGCGUUGGCCUUCUUUUUUAUGGGCAUCCAGUCAACUCUGGUAAUGAUGGGCUUUUUCCAAGAGCGAAUUAUCACCCAGGGAUACCCGUCAUCGACAGAUCCCCUCAUCAUGGACAAGUUUGGCGACGCGCAAUUCCUCGUCUUUUGCAAUCGAAUUAUCGCGCUCGUCAUCGUGUUUGUUGUGCUUGGAUAUAAUUGGUCGAGGCAACCACCCCAUGUCCCUCCAUUCUAUCAACACGCCUGGACGUCAUUCUCAAACACCAUCUCGUCGUGGUGCCAAUAUGAGGCCCUCAAAUACGUCUCUUUCCCCACACAGACAAUUUGCAAGGCUUCUAAAGUUGUGGCGACGAUGGUGAUGGGCACCAUUGUACGAGGACAGCGGUAUUCGUGUGCCGAGUAUCUCUGCGGUGCCUUCAUCGCCGCCGGAGCCUCAGUCUUCCUGCUAGCCAGUAGCAGCGCGGGCAUCGGCGAGACGACGACCACCGUCUCGGGGAUGAUCCUGAUGUUCGGGUACCUCGUCUUCGACGCGUUCACCCUCAAUUGGCAAAAGAAGCUCUUCGACGUCAAGCCAAAAGUCAGCAAAUACCAGAUGAUGUUCGGUGUGAACGUCUUCUCGGCGGUGUUGUGCGCCGUGUCGCUGGCCGAGCAGGGAACCCUCUUCACGUCGAUGGAGUUUGCGACGACGCAUCGCGGGUUUAUCAGGGACGUCUUCCUACUGUCCCUCUCCGGGGCGACCGGCCAGCUGUUCAUCUACUCGACCAUCGAACGCUUCGGCCCCAUUGUAUUUUCUGUAAUUAUGACGAUAAGACAGAUGCUGUCCAUCUUGCUCUCAUCUUUCUACUACGGCCAUCCGAUGUCGGCGUGGGCAUUUGUCGGCUUCUUCCUCGUCUUCGGCGCCAUGUUCUCCGAUAUUUAUCGAAGGUAUUCUCGACAACAAAUCGCGCCGGCCAAAGGCGGCAAGCAUCAGGGU